AUUACGGUCUCGCGGGGAAAGUAUUCUGUAGUGAAUAAAAUCGCGUUCAUGAAAUGCAUAGGUCUGUCUAGUUGUAAAUUUGCUCAUAAUGAAUGCUUAGUUUGAAUGUGUACUUCCGGUAUCCGCCCAUAACCGCGUUCGUUUCAUUGUUCUUGGUAGCCUUAGCAACUGCCAAGCCGUGUUCUAACGUCUUUAAUGUGUUUUUCUUUUUUGUUCAGCUCCCCUGUUGUUAUGGUAUAAUAGCAGCCAGCAUGCUUGUGUUGUAUUUGUAAAGUAACCGCCGUCUGUUUGUCAAACUUAUGAACUUGUUUCAGUCUGGCUGUUGGGUGAGUGAAGACGGUCUCCUCGUCUUAGACUGUCGCAGAAAUGAAGAGCCAGCAGAAAAGCCCUGAACCUGAUGGGAGUAUCACCGUUCAACGAGGAAGGUUCAGUGGCCACUGCAGAGGACCCUGCAGCUAUCGCCACCAUUCAGUCUGCUGCCACAUUCACUGAUCAACCCAUCAAGUACCUGUUUAAGACAGAAGGAGCAGGUGGACAGGUAACCUACAGAGUGAUCCAAGUGUCAGAUGGCCAGUUGGAGGGUCAGACAGAUGGAGCUGCAGCGGUCAGUCUGGUCACCGGUUUCCCUGCAACCUCACAGACUGUCACACAGGCUGUGUUCUCCCAGUCAGAGGGUUUGGACGGUGAUGGCAGCACUGAGGCACAGUACACCUACUACCCCGCCACCAUUGCUGAUGCUACCACUGGCACCAUGGUGACCACAGUACAGGCCUCAGACACACUUCUUGGUCAAACGACACCCACAGGGCAACUCUAUGUGAUGAUGUCGCCUCAGGAGGUUUUAACAGGAUCCAAUCAAAGGACAAUUGCACCUCGCACUCAGCCAUACAUGGCAAAGCAAGAGGCUCCUCGGGCUUCCAGAGAUGAGAAACGGCGAGCCCAGCACAAUGAAGUCGAGCGCCGGCGCAGGGACAAGAUCAAUAACUGGAUUGUGCAGCUGUCCAAGGCCAUCCCAGACUGUAACGUUGACUAUACCAAGACAGGACAGAGUAAAGGAGGGAUUUUGUCUAAAGCCUGUGAGUACAUCAAGGAGCUCCGACAGAGCAACCUGAAGUUGGGGGAAGACAUCAGCGCUUUAGAUCGUCUCAGGAUUGACAACCAGCUACUCAGACAGGAAGUUGAAGACUGGAAGUCUAGAAUCAGAUUUGAGGAACCCUGCUACGACAGCACGGCAUGGUGGGAUAUCCGCACAGACCCCCAGUGACAGGAGUGUUGGCAGCGUGUAUCAGAAGACCACCACAUAUGGCCAAAAGAAUACUUGAAAAACUUUGAUUACAUCAUUUGUGAUUGAGUGUGCAUGACAUAAGGUAAACAAAUGAAUAUUUCUUAAUAAUCAAAUCCAGCUUCUUUGCUAAUAUUUGCUCUGAAGAUUUGUUACAAAAAAAAAAAAAAAAAAAAAAGAUUCAUACAACCUACUCAUACAUACACGCAUACAUAUACAUUGUUUUCUGGAAAAUAAAGAGGGCAAAUGGGAUCACUUAGUUCAGUUUAGCAGCGCCCUCAUUGAAGUCCUUCCACAAACACGAUUGUUAGUUGAUAUCCAGUCCACAGUAAGCUCUAAAACACCUCAUAGCAGCUGAAUUGUUUUUCUUUUAAUUUUUGUGCUCUCUGUAUCAGAUACCCUCAUGGUAAUGUCUCUUCACAUGUUGUAUUCAUGUUUUGACUUUUCAUAUUUUUCAAUGUGACUUUGACCUGAUCAUGCUGCGUGUUGUCACUCUGGUCAGCUAUUUUUAUGUUUAAUUUUUUUGUUGUGUGUGUUUCUUUCAUGAAGCCUCACUGGGGACAAUAAUUACAUUGCAACAAGUGUAACAAGCUAAACUAAAUAAACGGGGUUGGUAACCAUUUCAAUGAAGUAGGCUAUGUAUGUCUUCAUAAUAAAAAUAUCAAUAUAUGCAAUUUGUCAAAUUCAUUUUGUGUUAUAUUAAUUCAAGUUGAUUCUAAAAAU